AUGGUGAACAGCUACGAGAUCGGCAAGGCUGAUCCAUCGCAGUCUGAGAGUGUCACUCCCAUUCUGCAAGAGGUCUAUAAAGAUGAGGAAGGUUUGCCGGAGUUAUAUCUAUGUGUAAUUAGCGACGUCAAAGUGUUGACGAAAAUACGUCCGCAUGCCAGGGCGUUUAUAAGGGAGCUGGUUUCCAAAACUGGCUGCGGGGUGGUAUUAUCGAUAUACACUAAGGGCAGUCGACGGUAUAUGGAAGUUAUCAAAAAAAUGUUAGAUCCCUCCGGAGAGCUCAUUAAGGGCCGACUCGUGUCUAGGGAGGAUGAGCCUUCUAAUAUGACGCCCUUGGAGAAAGAUCCCGACUUUAUAAUCAAUGCGGACUCAGCAGUUGGUACGGAAGAGCUGCGGCGGCGGUGGUUUGUGGUAUUGGAUGAUAGUCCCGAGGUGUGGCCGGAAGAGUGCAGGGAGGCUGGGAAUAUCGUUGAAGCUACCAUGUAUGAUUUUGCCGAGGUUAACUACAGCGCUUUGCUGGAGGCGAUAUCUGCUGCUGGUACGUUGAGCUCGGCGAAGCUGGCAGCGCUACCGCGCGAUAAGGACGAUUUUCUAGAAUGGAAAUGUAUGCUCAAAAUUUCCUGGGGUCGUGAUGGGAAGGCGUGGUAA